AUGGAGAAACGGACAAAUGAAACACCGAUGGACUUUGAGUGGCAGACUCAUGCUCCUGGAGAUGCCACCUCCCCAUUCUACCAGCUCGCAAUGCAGUAUCAAAAUAAACACCAAGAUAAAAAACGGCCGUUUAGCAUAUUUGAUUCACCGAUAAAAGCAUCGACACCUGCGCUGCGUGAGCCAAAUUCCCAGCCUUUUCUAUUCUCUCAAACCCCUGCUACAUCCAUCGCGGUAGCUAGAAGCUCGGCAUUUAUGACUCCGCGGAAUAAGCCAGAUCUGGAUUUUUCAUCUGGUGGCGAAAACUUUUCUUCACCCGAAAACGCGGACUACGAAGCGACACCAGAAAGGCCAGGGAAUGCAGAUAGGAGAAACACUCUAUUCAAUUUUUAUGGAAGAUUCGCCCCAAGUCCUGGUCGGGGUGAAAUACGGAGAUCCAAUAAGUUAUCAUCCAACGUGUUAGUUACAAGAAUACAUAAAAGGCGACGACGAGACCGUGAAAUAGAUAGGAAACUGCAGAAACUCGACGAUGACGGGAACAAUGACUGGCCCAUCAAUCGCGAAGGCGGGACACAUUCCAGGGACUCCCAACACAUCAAUACUCACGGGCACGAGUUUUCUUUCUUUUCUCGGCUCUUUAUAUUCCUAGAAUCGCACCCCCAUAUACCUCGCAUCCUGUCAUACUACGCCCAGUUUCUAUUUAAUCUCAUUCUCGCUUUCCUAACACUCUAUAUCAUCGUCACAUUUCUCCUUGCGAUUCAGGCAGAUGUUGAUAGGGAGAGUGAGAAAGUGUCAGCUGACAUACUUGCUGACAUGGCUGCGUGUGCAAAGAACUACAUGGAAAAUCGGUGUGGUGGCGACGAUGGACGGAGAUUACCUGCCCUGGAGACCGUCUGCGACAACUGGGAGAGAUGUAUGAACCGCGACCCCGCCAAAGUUGGUAGAGCCAAAGUCUCCGCGCAAACGCUAGCAGAAAUCUUCAACGGCUUCAUAGAACCGAUUACCUUUAAAACUAUGUUCUUCUUUAUCGCUGCAAUAACGUCCUGUUUUGCUGUUUCCAACCUGACCUUCUCUUUCUUCCGCAACAAGUCCAAUAACCCUCCGACCGCAUCACCCAAUACAUACAUGCCUUAUCCAUCGCAAGCAAUGCAUCUACAACCGUCUCAAAUCUCCUACACUCCGGGGAAUCCAUCAUUUGGACAUGGUAGCCACUACUACGAUCGUCCAUCCGCACUUAGCUUCAAUCGGGAUAUCAGUAUGAGCCCCCGAAAACAAAGCAAAGAUGAAGACGAAUGGGAACCCAAGCGUCUAGCCAUGGCAUCCGCCUCAGGGUAUGGAGGCCGCGAUCAUCCGAGAACGCCAAGUCCUGUUAAACGAGAGAGACCUUUUGCUUGA